UAUCAACAGGCAAAGGAGUUGGAGGAGAAUGUACUUCAAUUGAGGAAGGAGAUUUUAGGAGAGCAGCAUCCAGAUACCAUUCUUGCCUCAGCAAAUCUUGCUUCCACAUAUUGUGAUCUUGGUCAGUAUCAACAGGCAAAGGAGUUGCAGGAGAAUGUACUUCAAUUGAGGAAGGAGAUUUUAGGAGAGCGGCAUCCAGAUACCAUUCGAGCCUCAGCAAAUCUUGCUUCCACAUAUUGUGAUCUUGGUCAGUAUCAACAGGCAAAGGAGUUGGAGGAGAAUGUACUUCAAUUGAGGAAGCAAAUCCUUGGAGAAAUGCACCCAGACACCUUGACAUCCCUCUAUAGUCUUGCAGUUUACCAAAGCAAACUUGGUGAGGAUGCUCAAGCACUUGCACAUGCAGAAAAAGCCAAGAAAUCAAUGGAAGAGAUGGAAUAUACACACAAGGCUUAUGAACAGUGUGUUAACCUCAUUUCUAUCAUUAGUAAACGUCUCCCUGCACCCUCUAUCCUGUAG